AUGGACCGAAGCGGUAACGGAAGUUUCUCUCAUCACGCCUGCCCGACGGAGCCUUCCUCAAAACGAAGCGAAGCCGUCAGAAACGUAAUCAACGCCAUCGAGGGAUUCGCCAAACGGCUGUUGCCUGCCUUCCACCUGGACGUUUCAAAGUAUCUUCCAAGGCGAGUAUCAGUGCGAGGACCCCACCCAGGACGAGCACCGAUAACAUGGCGUGUCCCUCUCUUCUUUCCAGAGGAAGACUUUGCUGCCGACGCCAUGCACGCCAUACACACCAUCGUUUCUCGUCGGCCGUCGACCAAAGGGCAUAACCGGGGGCAACUGUCUGUGAACAAUUCGAAUACAAUGGCUGGCGUUACUGCCACCGGCACUACGACCAUCCGCAACAGCUCAUCGAUGGCACAAGAAGCAGCCAGCACAACAAGCGCAACGAACGCACCAAAACAUGAGAGCGAGCCGCUCGAUACUACUUCUUCGCAGCCCCUGAGCGACGAGGAGCAGGAGGGUAGCUGGAAGUUGCAAGAGGAAGAAUACGAACUCACGCUGCAGCAGCUCAACGCCCAGCGAGAUAAGAUCAAACAGAUAUACGACAAAAAGAAGGCACAAAUCGACAAGGAGUGCGGUUUAAUGAGGAGCGAAGUUCGACGACAUUGGUGGGAUGACAGGAGGUUGAACGAGCUGAAGAGGCAGCUGGAGGAUAUGACGAACAAGCUACAGGAGCGGAGAGCAAUAGAGAAGGAGUGGAGGAAGGAGGAGGAGGAGGAGGAGGACGGGGAAGAAAGCGAGUCAGAUGACGAGGAGGAUGAUGAGGACGAUGACGAGGAAGAUGACGAGGAGGAAUGGGACCCUGAGGCAGCGAAACGAAGGAUUUACAAAUUGGAAACUCUGAAAAUGCGUCAUGAAUGGGAAGCACUAUAUUAUAGAAUGCUGACCGAGAAGAACGACCAUACAAUCAGGCUUUCGAAUAUAGAGAAAAAGAGAACGGAGGCUUUGUUGAAGGUUGAGGAGGAGUAUAAUCGGGAUAUGUAUGCUUGGUAUAAGAUGAGGGAUGAGUAUCAUAGACGGGAGAUGGGAGAGGAGUCGGAAAGUCGUAAUAUUCAGCAUUCUAGAGCCUCAUAUGUCAGGAGGCUGGCUACAUGUACUUCAGUUGUUUGGUAA